AAGAGAGAGCAGCACCAAAGCUGGCCUCCCCACUCUGACAGCCUUGCUCUCCCCGCUCCUCCCCCUAUAUCUCUCCCACCCAAACCCUAGUCCCCAGCACAACACCACCCGAGCUCCCUCUCUCUCCCCACCUUCUCUGUCCUCCUCCAGCGCACAGCCUACAAGCAGCUCCCGGAGAUGGCGGAGGAGACGCAGCCACAGGCGGCCGCCGCCGCCCCCGCCGCCGAGGCCGCCCCGGAGGUGGUUGUCGCCGCCGAGAAGGCGCCGGCGGAGGUGGAGAAGAAGGCGGAGGAGCCUGCGGCCGAGGCCGAGACGGAGGAGUCGGCCGCCGUCGCCGACGAUGGCGGCGCCGUCGAGGCCACCGGAUCCUUCAAGGAGGAGAGCAACCUCGUCGCCGAUCUGCCUGAUCCCGAGAAGAAGGCGCUCGACGAGUUCAAGGAGCUGAUCGUCGCCGCGCUCGCUGCCGGCGAGUUCAACCUGCCCCCUCCGCCGCCGCCGCCCAAGGCCAAGGCCGAGGCCGCCGCCGUCGAGGAGACCAAGGCGGAGGAACCCGCCAAGACCGAGGAGCCAGCCAAGGUGGAAGAGCCCAAGACCGAGGAGCCGGCCAAGGCAGAAGAGGCCAAGACUGAAGAGCCGGCCAAGCAGGAGCCCAAGGCAGAGGAACCCAAGGCCGAGGUCGUUGCCGAGGCAGCAGCAGCGGCAGAACCGGCCAAGGAGGAGCCCAAGGCAGAGGAUGCCAAGCCGGCCGAGCCGAAGACGGAGGAGGCGGCCGCCGAGGAAGUCACCAAGCCUGCGGAAACCGCCGCCGCAGCCACCCCAGAGGACACGCCGGCGCCGGAAGCGGAGGCGGACGCGGUCGCGCCGCCCGAGCCGGUCUUCAUCUGGGGCGUGCCGCUGGUGGGCAACGACGAGCGCACGGACGCGGUGCUGCUCAAGUUCCUGCGCGCGCGCGAGUUCAAGGUGAAGGAGGCGAUGGCGAUGCUGCGGUCCGCGGUGCUGUGGCGCAAGCGCUUCGGCAUCGACGCGCUCCUCGAGGCCGACCUCGCCUUCCCGGAGCUGGAGAAGGUGGUCUUCUACCGCGGCGCCGACAGGGAGUGCCACCCGGUCUGCUACAACGUGUACGGCGAGUUCCAGGACAAGGACCUCUACGAGAAGGCCUUCGGCGACGAGGAGAAGCGGGAGCGGUUCCUCAAGUGGCGCAUCCAGCUCCUGGAGCGCGGCAUCCUCUCGCAGCUCGACUUCGCGCCCAGCGGCAUCUGCUCCAUGGUGCAGGUCACCGACCUCAAGAACUCGCCGCCUAUGCUCGGGAAGCACCGCGCUGUCACCCGACAGGCCGUCGCCCUGCUCCAGGACAACUACCCCGAGUUCAUCGCCAAGAAGGUGUUCAUCAACGUGCCAUGGUGGUAUCUCGCUGCCAACAAAAUGAUGAGCCCCUUCCUCACACAGCGCACCAGGAGCAAGUUCGUCUUUGCCAGCCAGGCCAAGUCACCUGAGACUCUCUUCAGAUACAUUGCGCCGGAGCAAGUCCCCGUCCAAUUUGGAGGCCUCUUCAAGGAAGAUGAUCCUGAAUUCACCACCGCUGAUUCUGUCACCGAGCUCACCAUCAAAGCUUCAUCCAAGGAGACCAUUGAGAUCCCUGUCACUGAGAACUCGACAAUCGUGUGGGAGCUCCGGGUGCUUGGCUGGGAAGUUAGCUACGGCGCGGAGUUCACCCCUGCCGCCGAGGGCGGAUACACCGUCAUCGUGCAGAAAACAAGGAAGGUUCCUGCCAACGAGGAGCCAAUCAUGAAGGGCAGCUUCAAGGUGACGGAGGCAGGCAAGAUCGCGCUAACGAUCAACAACCCUGCAUCCAAGAAGAAGAAGCUCCUCUACAGGUCCAAGGUGAAGAGCACCAGCGAGUCCGUCUGAGGCUUCCUCCUACAGUUGUUCAUGAAUCACCAACCAGUUCGCCAUAGCACCGCCAUUGGAGCUUGUUCCCUGAUGAUAGAAGAAGAUAAAUCUUUUUGUUCCGUUCUUUAAUAUUCUUUUGGUUUUGUGGGGUUUUGGUUCAGAUUCCGCAUUUGUUUAAUUAAAAAAAAAAACCAAAGUGAGCUUGAUUUUGUGAUAGUUGGGAGAGGAGAAGGUUGAUAUAAUGACAUCGUUGAUGAUGGUUGUUGAUGAGGGAGGAGGGCAGAUGAGGAGAAAGAAAUGUGGAGCAAGUACUGAAGCAUACAAUCUGCCGCUCUGUAAAUGUGUCUGUACAUUGCAUCUCUGGAUCUUCCAUGGAUAUGUUAUAUUUAGAAGUACUUGUCGUCAUCAUUCAUCAA